AUAAACAUGCAGCGUGGAUAUUUCGAAAAAAGAUGUAGCAUGCUGUUUACUUUUAGUUUGCUAAACUGUGCGAGAAUUCUUCCUUACUAUAUUUGUUUGCAUCAACAACUUGUAUUUCGUAUUUAAAAUAACCUUGCAUAUUAUAUAAGGUAUUAGAAGAAACGUGUAGUUUAAAUAGUAUGUAUUUUAAACGAGGCUUGGAAGAAACGUGUAGCUCGAAUAUUAUGCAUUUUUAAACGAGGCUUGGAAUAAAGGUGUUUUCUAAAUAGUCAGGGAAAAUACUUUGUUAUUUUUGAAAUCUAUUUACUUCUGUAUUUAAUACAACUUUUAUUAUCAGGUGUUGUUUGAAGAUGAGGAAAUGCCGAUGUAUGUAUUCCAUUUUUGUAAACUUUUAAUAUAACACUGUGUUACAAAUCUCGUAAUUUCUUUCUGAUAUUUUUUUGUUUAGUGCUUGAGUGAAACUUCUCAGAUAUUUAUUGAUAAUGAUAUAGAGGCUAUGGAAUUCUUCAAAGACUUUGGUGAUCUUCCUCAGAGUGAGACAUCGCAAAUGUUUUACGAUAAUUCCAUGCCUCUUCCUCUCUACUAUCAAGUAGGAUCUGGAUAUGAGAACCAGCCUGGACCUUCGACACGUGGUCCUGCCUUCCUGGAAAAUGUUUCGUCCCAGAACCUGGAUAAUGCGGUAAUCGUUGACGAAACAAAUAGGAGGGUCAAUCAGCGAUACAACGCAGAAGAGGUGACAUUUAGGGCUAGGAUAGAGGAAGAGAAAAUACCACCUAGGCUUCAACGCACUCCCUUGGUUGCAGCAGUUGAAACAGUGAGGGCUCUUUUUAGCCUACUCAUUCUGCGUUGUACGCAAAAUCUAAGGCCUUCUGAUCUUAUUCGCUUUUGCUUCAUGGCAAUAGGAUUAGAGAGGCCUGUGUCAACGGUUCUAAUGCCGGUAUCCGAUGUGAAAGUGGAAAGAAUUGUUGCACCCAUAAUGCGGGUGCUUCAAUCCUACAAGAAACUAAAACUGAAAGAUGGCGUCAAUGUUGACAUCAUCAUCAUUCACAGGGACAUAAGUGCAGGUGGCAACCGCCGAGUCAUCAAUAUCGAAACUGAUCGUCUUAAAAAAACGAUCAGUUCUAUCGAUACCGACUGACAAGGAGGGGUUAUGUUGUGCUAAGGCCAUUUUAUAUGCUUUAGCUCACUUGGAAAAUGACCGGGCUGCAAUAUCCUCCAUGAAGGAUAGAAGGCCGGCUCUUCUUAACAGAGCCAGAAUUCAAGGAUGCAGGAGUUCCUUUGAGACCUAGUUCUUAUUCAGAAAUCAGGACGUUUGAAGACUUCUUCGACAUCCAAAUUAUUGUUAUUUCUUCUGAAAGUUUG